AUGACGUCCGCUCUAGAGAAAUACUACGCUACGAACUAUACCAAGUGCAAUCUCGAGUAUAACUUCUUAGCCUCAUGGAAAGGAGUUGCCUAUCCUUCACAUGCUAUUCAAGUCAUAUCACUUCCAUUUCAAAUUUUAGCGUUUUAUGUUAUAAUUUUCAAAACUCCAGUUGCUAUGAAGAAUGUCAGAACUCCGUUAUUGGUAAACCAUUUUUUCUGUGCAUUUCUUGACUUAACCCUUUGCACACUUUCCACAGUGUAUUUUUUUCUUCCAAUGUACGGAACAUUUUUCGUCGGGGUUCUCAGCUGGUUUGGAGUACCAAAUACUUUUCAAAUACUCCUUGUAUGGUUAAUGGUGUUGUUAACAGUCGGAUCGUAUCUUUAUUUUUUCGAAGGUCGCUCCAGUAUCCUAGUUCAGAACAAAUUCCGAAUAACUCGUCAAAAGACAAGGGUGAUAUAUUACUUUCUAUUUUUAAUUCCAUGGAUGUCAUCAAUACUUUAUGUAGUAAAGUUUAUACCCGAAGAUCAAGAUGCUGCAAAGCAAUUUGCUUUAACAUUACACCCAUGUCCAACAAGAGAGUUUUUCACAUUUGAUGUAAUGAUAUUCCUUGCUGAUAGCAUUCUGAUCGAAGGUUUUAUUUGGAUAUUCCCAAUUUUUGGUAUCUAUAGCGCAAGUUUUAUACUGUUUCAAGUUACAACUCUAAUCUACUACAUUUGCAUUGCACCUUCAAUAACAAUUUCUAAGGAUACUCAUCACAGACAAAAAGUGUUUCUUUUCUCUAUUUUACUCCAAUGUUUCAUUCCUCUGACUCUUGUUUUGUGUCCAGUAUUUUUGGUAUUCAGUGCUCACUUGGCCGGUCUCUAUUAUCAAACAAUGGUGAAUCUUACAGUUUGUAGUGCUGGACUUCAUGGUCUUGCCGAAAGUAUCGCAAUUGUAACUGUGCAUAGACCGUAUAGGAAAGCCGUUAGUCAAAUGGCUACAGAAUUUAAAAGGAGGAGACGGGCGGUUCAAGUGUUACCGUUUCUGGCAAACCACAUGAGACACAGUGUCACCAUGAGACAAUCAUUCUGAAACAAAUGUUUCAUUUCCAUCUGUUCUCAGAUUUUUUCAAUACUUCCUUUAAGCCUUAA